AUGACUCAGCUCCCAAAGAGUCACUAUGCAUUAAAUUUCAACAGUAGCCCAUUCCAGCCACCCUUCUUCCUUCUCACAGGCAUCCCAAGAUUGGAGGCAGCACACAUCUGGAUCUCUAUCCCUCUAUGCAUCAUGUACAUGAUUGCUCUACUUGGGAACUGUAUAAUUCUAUUCAUCAUUAAGACCACUCCCAGCCUUCAUGAACCUCAAUACAUCUUCUUGUCUAUGCUGGCAGCUACAGAUGUUGGCUUGUCUAUAUCCACAUUGCCAACAGUGCUCAAUAUCUUCCUUCUCAACCACCGGGAGAUAGAGUUCCACAGUUGCCUGGCACAGAUGUUUUUUAUCCAUACUUUUUCCUCCAUGGAGUCUGCCAUCCUGUUGGCCAUGGCCUUUGAUCGCUUUGUGGCCAUCCAAAACCCAUUAUGCUACACAAUGAUUCUUACCCAUCCUCGGAUUAUUGGCAUAGGACUAGUGGCAGUGUUGAGGGGUGUGGCACUGAUGGCACCCUUGCCUAUUCUGCUCAAACGUCUACCCUUCUGCAAGAACAUCAUCCUCUCCCAUAGUUAUUGCUACCAUCCUGAUAUCAUAAAGCUGGCCUGUGGACCUGUCAAGGUCAACAUAAUAUAUGGGCUGACACUCGUUGUUUGUUCUUUUGGUGUUGACUCUGUGUUCAUUGUUGUCUCCUAUAUCCUAAUCCUGAAGACAGUUGUGAGCAUAGCUUCAAGUGAAGGCCACCUUAAGGCCCUUAACACUUGUAUCUCCCACAUAGUCACAGUCUUUAUCUUCUAUGUGCCACUCAUUAUUCUGGCCCUAAUUCACAGAUUUGGUACAUUCACUUCACCUCUCUUUCAUGUCACUAUGGCCAACCUUUUCCUCUUCCUAACCCCAGUCCUGAAUCCACUGGUCUAUAGCUUUAAAACCAAACAGAUCCGCUUUGCCGUGCAUAAAGUAUUCAUGAGAAGAAUCAGUUUGCCCCAGAAGUCCAGUGUUGCCUUUGGAAUAUAA